AAAAUACAUGUGAAUAAAAAUAUCUAUGAAUGAUAAUUAUUAAUUCAUAAUAUUGAAUUUUAACAUUUUGUUUACCCAUUAACCAUUUAAAUGUUUUACUUUAGGUAAAACUAAUAAGGUAUUUUAUUUGAAAAACAAUAAUUUGGAACUCAGUAAAUGAUUGCAAAAGUGGAAGCUAAUGUAUACAAUUUAUAAUCUAUUUUUAUAGAUUAAUAAAGAUUUAAUUGCCAAAUUUGGCUAGAUGCUUGUGGGAUAUCAAAUCUAAAUACUAAAAAUGCUUAUAUAUGAUGUUCAUUAGUUCAUUAUUCAUUUUGAAUCUGAUAGUUAUAAUUAGCCUCUAAUUUGAGGAAUGAUUAAUUAUUCACUAAGACGUCAACGGAAAUUAAUAGGUACCAUGUACUAUUCAUACAAUUAAUAUAAUAUGUAUUACAAUUACAGAGAAUGAAGAUAAAAAUAAACUUUUAACUACUUCAAGUACUCAAAUUGCCAAAAACAUUUCCUUACUAUAUAUAAUACCAUGAGUGUAGACCAAUCAGAAUUUUCAAUAAAGGAUGAAAGUCAUCAUUCUAUUAAAAAUGAAAGUGAUAUUUAUUUUGAUACCCCUCUUUUAAGUUCUGUAAAAGAAGAAAUUACUUUGCAUCAUGAUAAUGGGGACAGUGAUCAUCUUUUUCCUAUUGAUAAAAACAUUAAUAAUACUGUCCAAAAGCCAGAAAUAUAUACAGAAGAAAACUGUGAAAUCAAAACCAAAAUUGAUGUAAUUAAUAAUCUAGAAACAGAUAGUUGUUUCUUUAAAAAAGAACCUGAAGACUUACAUAAUAGUUUUCAACCAUAUGGUACGGUUCAAAGAAAAGCAUCCGAUAAUUUGAGAUUAGAAAUAGAAUAUAAUGAUAAAACAAUUGUAAUUAAAAAAGAAACAAUUGGAGAUACUGUAUUUGAAAGUGAAAUUGUUAUUGAAAAAAGUGGAAUACAAUCUAUUUUGAACAAAGAAAAAUGUAAUACUGAUCAUGAUUCCAAGUUUGCUGAUUUGCCAAGAACAAUUUAUAAAGACUUGGUUAAUUGUAAUAAUAAAACUUAUCAAAACACGAGUAAAAGAGAAAAACACAUCUAUAUUUGUGAUUUAUGUGAUCUAUCAUUUACCAGUAAACAAUUGCUCAUUUUUCAUAUGAGACAUCAUUUUCCUAAUAAUGAUUAUUGUACAAAUAAUAAUUCCAAAAGAGUUUGUUCUAAAAAUAUCAAAUGUAAAAAAUUAAAAAUACGUAAAAAAAAAAAAAUAUUUUCGUGUCCAAUUUGUUGCAAACAAUUCAAUGAUCAGUCCAAUUGUCGAAGACAUACAAUAAAUCAUGCUAAUACAAAUAAAUUCAAAUGUCGCUUUUGUCUAAAACAACUCACUACUCAAUACAAUCUUCGUGUUCAUAUUCGAUUACACACUGGUGAAUCCCCAUAUAAAUGUGACAUUUGUAAUUUAACAUUUCAACGUAAUGACAAUUUGUCAAAACACAGAAAGAUUCACGAAGUAAAUCAGAAAACAUAUGACUGUAAGGAUUGCCACAAACAGUUUUUAUAUAACAAUACUUUAUUGCGCCAUGUAAGGAUUCAUCAAAUGGAAAAUAUUUAUUCGUGCUAUCAUUGUCAACAAUCAUACGUGCGGAAAGAUUCACUUAUUGUUCAUUUGAGGUCAAGACAUACUGGUGAGAAGCUGUAUCAGUGUCACAUCUGUAAGAAAGAUUUUUUUGAAAACAAUGUCCUUGUACGCCAUAUGAGGAUUCACAAAAAGGGCGAGUGCAGAAUGGGAUUUAAGAACAUAAUAGUAGCUGCAUUAAUCACAGCAAUUAUAUUUGGAAUUAUAACAGAUGUCUGUGGUAAACGUGGCAGAGGGAGAAGUAGAUCAAAAAGCAGAGUGCAGAUUGGAUUACCUAUUACAGGAAAAUACAGAGACCCAGAAUCUGAUCAAUACUACAAUCAUAAUGAUGGAGCAAAAAUAGUCAUGGCAUCACAUUUCGAUUACGAAUAUGUACUUGGGCAUAAAAUAGUAUUUGUUUGUGUAGCCAGAGGAAAUCCAAGACCUCAAAUCACUUGGUAUAAAGAUGGUACUGAACUGUAUUAUCAUUACAAUCACCAUGUUCAUGAGUGGAAUAUUGCCGAAGAUAGCAUUAAGUCUAAAUUAGAAAUUGAUCCAGGAACACAAAUGGAUGCUGGUGUAUACGAGUGUUCAGCUGACAAUAAAUACAGUAUAGACCGAAGAAGUUUCAAGACAGAUUUCAGUAUAGCAUUUGAAUCAUAAUGAAAAAUAAUUAUAAAUUAAUAUGUGUCUUAAAUAAAGUGCUUUUUUCUUGAUUAA